AACACUGUUGUUGGAUCAGAGUGAUACUGUAUUAUUAUAGAUUAUAUGAUAUUAAUUAGUGUGUUUAUCUGUUCUGACAUAUUGUAUAAAAGUUUUAAUAUCCUGGAUUUAUUAGCAUUAUUUUGUUAAACCCAACAGCAUGACCUUGUUGCUGAUUUUACCGAGAAGUUGUACUAUAAAUAUCAAAAGUAAUGGAGGAAUAUUUACAGGCAAAGGUCUCUCAAGGAUACACUUUGGUCCUAGGAAGAUUUCAGCCAGGUUUUUCCGUGUUCAGAAGCUGGACCUGGAGAGACAUGGACACUCAGGUGUUUGGGGAUGUCAGUCAAGCUUCUAUAGAAGGCUUUUUGGAGGAGGCCAUGGUGGCAGCAAACAGAAUAUGACUUUAGAGGACAUAGCGAAGGGAAUCAGAGAACGAGAGUACAAAAGGAUUGUAGUGAUGGCUGGAGCAGGGAUAAGUACUCCAAGUGGAAUUCCAGAUUUCAGAUCACCUGGAAGUGGCCUUUAUGACAACCUUCAAAAGUACAACCUUCCCUAUGCUGAGGCCAUAUUUGAGAUUAACUAUUUCCGUUACAACCCGAAACCUUUCUUUGCCUUGGCUAAAGAGUUGUAUCCUGGUAACUAUCAUCCCAAUCUGACGCACUACUUCAUCCGGCUGCUUCAUGACAAAGGCCAGCUGCUUAGGAUAUACACCCAAAACAUCGAUGGACUGGAGAGAAUGGCAGGAAUCCCAGCUAAGAAGUUAGUGGAGGCACAUGGGACAUUUGCAACAGCCACAUGCACAGUUUGUCGUCGAGAAUACCAAGGAGAAGACCUGCGUAGUGACAUAAUGGAAGGAACAGUGCCUCACUGCUCUCAGUGUAAAGGAGUCAUUAAGCCUGACAUCGUGUUUUUUGGAGAAGAGCUGCCGCAGCACUUUUUCCUCUACCUCACUGACUUCCCCAUGGCAGACUUACUGAUUGUAAUGGGGACGUCUUUAGAGGUGGAGCCAUUUGCCAGCUUAUCUGGAGCCGUGCGAGCUUCUGUGUCUCGCCUCCUUAUAAAUCGUGACCUGGUGGGACCCUUUGCUUGGGGCUCUUCACGGCACCGUGACGUGGCAGAGCUGGGUGAUGUAGUGGGCGGCGUGAAGAAACUGACAGAUGCUUUGGGCUGGACCCCUGAGCUGGAGGCUCUGAUGGCUGACGAAGGUCAGAAGGCUUCAAAGAAGAGUGAGGAAUGACUAUCUGGACAUAAGAGACCAGCCUCAUUUCUCGCAUCCUCUCAGUCAUUUUGUGGCUGUGAUGUCUCGGCUUGACGCCUGUGGCACUUUAAGAAUCGUGAUGGAGUUGCGCUGUGAUGAACAUGGCACUUGGAGCCUCAGCUCACCGUGUUAGACUCCCUUUCUAGCCUUAAUAAAUGUUUUAUAGCUUUAAUAUUAAUAGGGAAUUAUACACUGAUCAGCCAUAACAUUAUAACCACUGACAGGUGAAAGGUGAAUAACUCUGAUUAUCUCAUUACAAUGCCACCUGUCAAGGGGUGGGAUAUAUUAUGCAACAAGAGAACAGCCAGUUCUUGAAGUUGAUGUGUUGGAAGCAGGAAAAAUGAG